AUGAGUAACCAUGGCGAGGCUCCUGAGCCUAUCACGGAGCGAACGGCUCUGCUAGGGAAUAGCAACAAUAAUGAUAAUGGUAAUAGUAGAACAGAACAGCUAAGUCCCAUUGCGAUCCCUCCUCAUCGGGAGGGAAGAAGCAAUGGGAAAAGAACGAAAACUAAAAGCGGGGGUGGCUACUACAACGACGAUGAUGAUAAUGAUAGUGGCGGCAGCGAGGACGAAAGCGAAAGCGGAGAUGAUGACUUGGACCCGAACGAGUCCGACCUGCUGGUGGCGCGCAGCUUUACGUCGGGGGCGUCGGGCCUCGCGCCCGAGUCCUUCGAGUCAGCCAUGCUUCGGGGGCGUCGCCGAUCCAGGAGCUCCAUGCGUCGACCUACUAGUCGUCGUCGCCGUCGUCGCCGCCUUCAUCAUCCUCCUCAGAGUUCCACCACCACCACCACCAGCGCCGCCGCCGCCGCCGCCGCCGUUCGCGCGCCGCUGUCGUUGUCGCCGCGGCCCUUGCUUUCGGGUCACCAUGGCCAGGCUGAUAACGACAGCUCGCUGUCGAAUGUCAUUAGCGGAGACGAGGACGAGGACGAGGAUGAGGAUGAGGAUGAUGAGGAUGUCGACGCUGACCUCGAGGCUGCUGAUGUAGAGGGCCUCGCGAGUAAGCCCCGGCCGGCGUACUUGAUAGAUACGGACCGGAAGAGGUUCGGGAUCGUGUUUCUAAGUAUUAUGCUAACGCAUUUUAUUGCGUGUUUUGACGGGACUAUUGUUAAGAACAAGAAACGAGUCCAUUAUUUUAACCCUCGAGAGAAAGGCGAGAUGAGGGGUGGCGAAAUGGCGUCCUCGCACCCUGUCAUCACGAGUUACUUCCGCAGCUCCAAUAGCGCCAGCUGGCUGUCGACCGCCUUCCUCCUGACGAGCACGGCUUUCCAACCGGUUAUUGGCAGGCUCUCCGAUACCAUCGGCAGGAGGCCGCCUUACUUGGCUGCGGUGGCCAUCUUCGCGGUCGCGACGCUGUGGUGCGCCCUCGCACAGAGUAUGACGAGCUUCAUCCUGGCGCGAGCCGCGUGCGGGCUUGGCGCUGGAGGCGUGCUGGGCAUGGGUAGCAUUAUUAUCAGUGAUUUGGUGCCGAUCGAACGUCGAGGUGCAUACCAGAGCUAUGUGAACAUUGUCUACGGUCUAGCUGCUGCCUUGGGCGCGGCCUUAGGAGGACUUAUGGCGGAUAGUCUCGGUUGGCGUUGGGAGUUCGGCAUCCAGGUUUUCCCCAUAAUCCUCUGUUUCGUCGUGGCUUCUUAUGGCAUCCCCGGCGAUCUCGGUCUAGAGGACAAGCACCAGACUUUUAGAGAGGGCAUGAAGACGUUCGAUUUCAAGGGGUCGAUCCUACUAACCACGUCUACUACGUUUUUGAUCUUGGGUAUUAAUCUCGGAGGCAAUGUAUUGCCUUGGUUACAUCCAUUCAUUAUCGCAUCUCUUAUCAUCUUCCUCGUCUCCUUCCCGGCAUGCCUAUACGUAGAAUCGAAGCACGAACGACCUAUCAUGCCCCUAGAACUCUUACGACGCUCUCCAAGAGCCAAUAUCAUCUUCGCCAACUUCAUCGCCUCCUUCCUACUCAACGCCAUCUUAUUCAAUACCCCGCUCUUCUUCCAAGCCGUCCUCCUCACCAGCGCCACCACGUCGGGGCUCUACCUCGUCGUCCCCCUCGCCACGGCCAGCGCGACCGGCACCCUGACCGGGUUCCUGAUCUCGCAUACCCGCCGCCUCAAGUGGCCGCUCGUCCUCGGCGCCUCCCUGUACCUCUCGGGCACGGCGCUGCUCGCCUGCAUGCGCCGCGGCUGGCCCACCUUCGCCUACCUGCUAUGCCUAGUGCCGACGUCCGCGGCGCAGGGGUUCCAGUUCCCGGGGACCUUCCUCGCCGUACUCGCGGCCUCGGAGCACCGCGAGCAGGCCGUCGUCACCUCGACCCUCGUGCUCUGGCGCGCCCUCGGCAGCGUGCUCGGCGUCGCCUCCUCCUCGCUCGUCAUGCAGAACGCCCUGCGCACCUACCUGGCCCUGUACGUGGCCACCCCGCCCGGGGACGGCGGCCCCGCGUGGAAGCGCGCGCUCGUCGAGAGGGUCCGCGAGAGCGUCGAGGCCGUCGCCAAGUUGCCCCCCGGCCCCGCCCGCGACCAGGUCGUCGCGAGCUACGAGGCCGCUAUCCGGCUUACGUUCCUGUUCCUCGUGGGGUUCGCGCUCGUGAGCGUUUUGUUGGUUUGCAGGGUUCGGUUGCCGCGGUUGGGGGGGAGGAAGUAA